AUGAAGAAGACACUCCAUUGGAUGAACAGCAGAUGCAGAAGCCGUGACGAUGAUAGCAGAGAAGUAGGUGUAGAUGCAGAGUCUGGAAAUUAUCAGACAAACGAUUACAUCAUGAUGCCGGUUUCACGAGAUGAAGUUCCCGAGACUCCUAAAGAAGAAAUAUGCAAAGGUUUUGAAUACAAGAACAUGCAUACAAAUAUAUCACCAGUCAUAAUUCCAAAUCAUAACAUUUCCUUAAUUAUAUUACAGAAGACGUUUUGUCUAUACGCUGUUUUAAUUCUGUCGGUGGUUCUUGGGGCCCAGUCCUCCGCUCAAUGGAGGGUGACAGACUUCCCCCACCCUGUCUAUCAGUCCAAGCAGUGUGGUAUGAAGGAGUCCUCCUGGAUAUGUGACCCAAACGGCAUUAUCUCCUCAGCGGAUGCUGAAGCUUUACAAGAAAUGGUUCGGGAUACAUACGAGUCCACUCAGUGCCCGUGUACCGAGUGUGCAACCAACAACCAGGGUUAUCCCAUAAUGGUGGCCAUAAUGCCCCGGAUGUAUAGAAUAGUCAAUCAGUCAGCUAAUGUCCAGGACGUGUUGUAUGAUGCACGAGUGUACGCCUACUACCUCAGUAUGUUCUGGAAUGUGACUACUUGUGACACUAACACAUUAGUGCUGUACUCUAGGGAUGAUGACAUUACGUACAUCAUGACAUGGAGAAAUGCGCGCGCGCUGCUUGAUGACACCAAGGUGCAACAAAUUACCCUCAAGAACCGGUUUUAUUUUGAUGAUGCUAACAACCAGGCAGAAAUUGGAAAAGGACUUAAGAGUAUAGUAAGAGAUAUAAGUGAAGUGUUCAAGGCAAAGGCUCCCCGACGAGGAGGCACCAGAAAGUGAUGGAUCAACUGAAUGUUCAAUUUAUUUCAUUUUUUUAAAUAUCUUUUUCUGUUAAACUGUUCGAUUUUAAAUACCGGUAUUAAACUAACUGCAAACUUAUCUUAAAAUGAAAUUUAUAACAUUCAAUAAUAAGAAAUGCGUGUGAAAGUGUUAGUAACUGCCAUUUAGAUUGUUCCAUGUAAUCGUUUUUGACAUUGCUUGCAUAUUAUUUCAUUUAAGUUUAUUUAUCAUUUACAGGUUUUUUUAUAUGUAUAAUGUGCUUUAUCUAUAUGAAGAGGUUUGUAUUGUUUUCCAUCUAAUAAAAGGGGUUGAAAAAAGUGA